AUGUAUGAGCUAAAAGUAAAUAAGGUAUAUAAAUUUACUGAUUUAUAGUUGAGUGUGAAAAAAAAUUCAAUACACAAAAUAAUGAGUUCUUAAUUGAAAGAAGUUUGAGUAAUUAAACAAAAAAUAACAAAUUUCUAUCUUAAAUUUUAACUACCCUGAGUUUUUACAAAAAAUUAUUUACAAGCUGUCAAAUGAGAUUUCUAACAUAACAAAAGUAUCAAUACAUUCUAUGCUUAGGUGUGAUAAAUGGCUACCUUCAAACCAUCAUCCUGUAUAUUUAUAAUUUGUUUGA